AAUUUUGUUGAUUUAUUGCAUGAAACAAAUUCAGCAGACGCAACCUAAAACAGAGCUCUGGGCGUCCUCGGGCAGUAUUUGGAUAAAGAUGAUUGCAAACUUAUCACCUCUGAAUCACGAUAGGCGAGAGAGUGAGAGAGCGAGAGACCCAAGGAAGGGAGGGACUGAGGAAGGAAGGGAGGCGCCGAAGUUGUCCGGCGAAGCGCACCGCCGACUUCAAGCCUCUCCUCCGCGGCGCGUAAAAGAAAAAAAAAAUGUAUCUUUAAUUUGAAGCGUUACUGCAUUCCGUACCGAAGCGACGACAGCACAGCUCAUCUAAUCGCAAUCACAUAAAAAACAAAAAAACAAACAAAAAAAAAAAACCGAAGAACAUCUCCGACUGCCCAAUGCAUCCAUGAUUCGUUACGGGAAAACAAGCGUUGUUCUCCUGCUGGUCCUCCUCACAGCGCAAGAAAGUUUUACGUCCAAAGCAGAGGACCGUUUAUUUCGGAGGUUAUUCCGAAGGUACAACCAAUUCAUCCGACCAGUGGAGAAUGUGUCUGAUCCGGUUACCGUGGAGUUUGAGGUGUCCAUAUCUCAACUCGUGAAAGUGGAUGAAGUGAAUCAAAUAAUGGAAACUAAUUUGUGGCUGAGACAUGUCUGGAAUGACUACAAACUAAGAUGGGCUCCUAUUGAGUAUGAUGGAAUCGAGUUCAUUCGAGUUCCAUCCAACAAGAUUUGGAGGCCUGACAUUGUUUUAUACAACAAUGCUGUGGGGGAUUUUCUGGUGGAGGACAAGACCAAGGCUCUGCUGAAGUUUGAUGGCACCAUUACUUGGGUUCCUCCGGCUAUCUUUAAAUCCUCCUGCCCCAUGGAUAUCACUUACUUCCCUUUUGACUACCAGAACUGCUCCAUGAAAUUUGGCUCAUGGACCUAUGACAAAGCCAAAAUCGACCUGGUGCUCAUUGGCUCAAAGGUCAACCUCAAAGACUUCUGGGAAAGCGGAGAAUGGGAGAUCAUUGACGCACCUGGUUACAAGCACGACAUCAAGUAUAACUGCUGUGAGGAGAUCUACCCAGACAUCACCUACUCCUUCUACAUCCGCCGCCUGCCACUCUUCUACACCAUCAACCUCAUCAUCCCCUGUCUCCUUAUAUCUUUCCUCACCGUCCUGGUCUUCUAUCUGCCAUCCGACUGUGGUGAGAAGGUCACCCUGUGCAUCUCUGUUCUGCUCUCCCUAACUGUGUUCCUGCUGGUCAUCACAGAGACCAUCCCCUCCACAUCACUUGUUAUACCACUGAUCGGCGAAUAUCUCCUCUUCACCAUGAUUUUUGUCACGCUCAGCAUUGUCAUCACCGUUUUCGUGCUGAACGUACACUACCGCACCCCCAUGACCCACACAAUGCCUGAGUGGGUAAGGUCCGUGUUCCUCGGGGUGCUGCCGAGGGUGAUGCUGAUGAGGCGGCCGAUUGACCAAGGCGGCUCAUCUACCACCAGCGUCACAGCAGGGACAGGAGGAGCGGGAAGCGGCGGAGGGAACAAAAAGAGAAAGAACAGUGUUGGAAGUGGGUCAGGAAGUGUGAGCGUCGGAGGGAUCACAGGAGGGGUGGCGUGCCCUCCGCUGGAUGGUGGGGGAGGUGGAGGAGGGGCCUCAUCAGUAGGCGGCUCCAUGAACUGUAUCGAGUAUGGUGAGAUAAACCGCGAUAUUAAGCGGGAUAUGAACAGAAGAUGUCCCUACAGAGGGAAGGAGGUUCCCACACCUGUCCCUCCUCCAAAGGUUCUCCCUGUAUCCCAGGGCCCUCAGACCCAGAGGCCCCCAGAGUCAGAGCUACCUAAACUCCCGAGGGCCUUGAACUCAGCAUCUCAAGUGAAUGCUGUCGUGGCGUUUUCCGUCAUUUCGCCUGAGGUCAAGCAGGCCAUUGAGAGUGUGAAGUACAUCGCUGAGAACAUGAGGACUCGCAACAAAGCCAAAGAGGUGGAAGACGACUGGAAGUACGUCGCCAUGGUCAUCGACAGGAUCUUCCUGUGGGUGUUUGUGAUGUUCAGGGUGUACCCUGCCUCCUGCCUGAUGACAGCUGGGAUAGACUACAGGACAACCUGCGACCCUUUCUGAGGAUAAGCGACUAAAAGAAUUGAUGGAUAGAUAGAUGUUGUAGUUCAUUGAUUUGAUGAAUGCAGCACACUGUAAUUUUUAGGCAUAUGGUUAAAAAAUAAUUGGAUGGAUGGAUGGAUGGAUGGAUCUUCAUUUCCUAGUUGACUAAGUGAACUAUUAUGUGCUGUGAGCAAGCUCUUUAUCCAUGUCAAAUCUGUUGUUUAGUCAAUGACAGCGACCCCUCCCUCCACACCACACCCAGUAGGCCUGCUUAUGUUUUAUUGUUCAUUAUCUAUUUUUGAUUUAGUCCUUUUCACCAGGUUUAUUUAUCAAGCAGCCUUACAAUGUCCACAGUCGCACAAAGUGUAGCAUGGUUAUAAAAAAAAGAUGUAUAUACAGAGAAGAAAAUAAGUGUUUGAAAACCCUGCUAUAUUGCAAGUUUUUCCAUUUAGAAAUCAUGUAGGGGUUUGAAAUUGUCAUCAUAGGUGUAUGACCACUGAGAUAAUCUAAAAAUAAAAAUCCUGAAAUCCCAA